AUGGUUGACGUCGGCGUGGUUGAAGUCGGUGUGGUUGACGUUAGUGUGGUUGAAGUCAGCGUGGUUGAAGUUGGCGUGGUUGACGUCGGCGUGGUUAAGCGUGGAAGUCGUUCAAGCGUGGUAAAAGUCGGCAUGGUUGAAGUCGUUGAAGCAUGGUCGAAGUCGGCGUGGUUGACGUUGAUGUGGUUAAAGUCGGCAUGGUUGAAGUCAUUAAAGCGUGGUUGA